UGCGGCUCCACGGACCCCAGAACCUGGACGCAGUCAGAGUGGAAUAAAGUCCUGGACUUGUUGUAGCUUCGUUUGGUUGACGGUGGUCGGACGCUCGAAUCUUAAAGAUGUUGGUCUCUGCUGCGGUUUUGUCGCUGAUGUCAUUGUUGAGUUUGACCGCGGAGGCUAAAAGAUGUCCCAGAGAGUGCAGCUGUGACGCAGCGAAACUGACUGUAGCCUGCGUUGGAAAGAACCUGAUGGAGGUUCCUCCGACUGUAGACGAGAUUACCGUCAAACUCGACCUGAGGAAUAACGACCUGCAGGUGUUACCCAGAGGGGCGUUCCUCCACACGCCCUACCUCACCCACCUCAACCUGCAGCGCUGCAACAUCGUCAAGGUGAAAGAAGGCGCCUUCCGCGGUCUGGGCCGCGUCGUGUCCCUAAACCUGGCCUACAACAAGAUCGACGUCCUUUACCAGGAGUCCUUUGAUGGUCUCUCCUCCCUGAAGGAGCUGCAUCUGGACCACAAUCGAGUCGAGGAGAUCCAACCUGGAGCCUUCACGCAGCUCGGCUUCCUCAACAUGCUGUCCCUCACCCACAACCAGCUGGUUUACAUCCCGAACAUGGCCUUCCAGGGUCUGAACAACAUCAAGUGGCUUCGUCUCAGCUACAACUCCCUGAACAACCUGGCACACGAGGCGUUUACUGGACUCUUCACCCUCAACCGCCUCAGCCUGGAUCACAACGAGCUGCAGUUCUUCCCAACGCAGACGAUGAUGAGACUUGUUCAUGUCACUCGUCUGGACAUGAGCCACAACCCCAUGAUCUACCUCGGAGAAGAAUCUGUCUCCAUGGCGAAGCUCACACACCUCUACCUGGACCACAUGUCCCUCCAGGACCUGUCGGACCAGGCUUUGUCCCAAACUCCGCUACUCUCCCACUUGGACCUGAGCCACAAUCAGCUUCGUUACCUGGAGCCGCUCUCCGGCCCCAAGAAGCUAACCAGCCUCAACCUGACGGGGAACGCCAUCAACUGUAACUGCUUCCUGAGGCCCCUGAAGCAUUGGGCGAGGGUUGGUGGUUUAAAGCUACUGGGGGCCUGCGCUGGACCCCCUCACCUCUCAGAUGAGCCUCUGCAAACGGUGGCUCCUGCGGAUCUUCGAUGCCGAAGCAAAGAGGAGACGCUAAAGGAGGAGGAAGAGGAGGAGGAGAAGGAAAGCACAGCACUCCUACCCACAGCGAAGCCCAAGCAGAACAUCAAGUGUCCAGUUGACUGUGAAUGUGACAUUGAAGCCCAACAUGCCACUUGUGAAGGCCGGGGUCAUACUAAAGUCCCGAAAGGUUUCCCCGCCAAGACACAGCUGCUCGACCUCCGCAGCAAUCACUUCCACUACCUUCCUGCCAAAAGCUUCCCUGGCGUCACUCAAACUGUUUCUCUUCACCUGGAGCUCUGCAAGAUACAUGAAAUUGAAGGUGGUGCUUUCCAGGGCAUGGCAGACCUGUUCUACUUGUACCUUUCUGACAAUGACCUCACAUUCUUGGACCCCAGAGCUUUUGCUGGAGUCCCGAAGCUCACCUACCUCUACCUGGAAGGGAACCGGCUGGCACAGUUCCCUGGAGGAGCUCUGUCGCUCUUACCAGGUCUGUUCGUGUUACAUCUGGAGCGAAACACCAUCCCAAAACUAGAGCCCACUGGUUUGCUGUCCUCAACGACGCCCACACUCAGGGAACUGUACCUGAGCAACAACACGAUUACUGACAUUGCUAAUGGGGCUCUGAACUCUGCUUUGCUGAGUACGCUUCACCUGGAUUCAAACCAGCUGAGCGAGGUUCCUACCAAGGCUCUUCUUGAAGCUCCGAAUCUGGAGGAGCUCAACCUGUCUCAAAACUCAAUUAGCUGGGUGGGACCAGCCGCUUUCCAGCCCAUAUCGCAAAGUCUGAAAAGGCUUCACAUGAACGAGAUGGGAACGAAGAAGAUGUCCAAGGAUGCUCUGCUGGGUCUGGGUCCUGGUCUGACGACUCUGACCCUGAGAGGAAACCAGCUAGAGGAGCUUCCUGACCUGAGACCACUCCUCGGCCUGGAGGCGGUCGAUCUGCAGGACAACCCUCUGCUGUGUGACUGCUCUCUGCUGCCUCUACGCAGGUGGAUGGAGAACGCGAGUUUGGAGGUGGCUGCAACCUGCGGUCACCCUCCAGAGCUCAUGGGUCAGACGGUGAAGGACGUCCAAGUCUUCGCGUCCUGCCCAGAAAACGUCUCUGACUCGUCUCCUCCGAACGAGAAGCUUCCUGCAAAAGUGAAGAAACCCAAACUCGUGAAGCCCCUCAAAGCCCGGCCUGAAAAGCUGGUGACCAAACCAGCCAAGAAACAGCUGAAGAAUAAACCAGCAACACCUAAUAUGAAGAAAAAUAGGAAGACACUUUGAUAUUAGACAGUUUCAAGUUUGUUUAUUAUGACAUUUAUGGGCUUGUA